AUGUUGGUAAAGCUGUUUGGAGGUGAUUUAACGGCACUGGAAAUAGUAAUGCUUGUAACAGUGGCUAUCCUCAUCAUCCUAUUCCUGGUCAUAAUUGUGAACUGUUGCAUGCAGUGCUGCUGCGACGUCAACGAUCUGCAUGGGUGUGAAGAAGAAGACCGGAAAUUUCUUGGCAAAGAGUAUUAUGAUGAAAUUUGCUUGCUUCUUUAUCGGCAUAAGCAGAUGGAAAUGCGAGAGACUGGAAAGAAUCGCGAAUUGCAGUGCAAAAAGCAGGUUCAUAUCAUUUAUUGUCAAUUGUUUUAA